AUGGAGGCUACCAGUGGAACUGAUGAGCCGCCGGAUAUUGAGAUGGCUUGGGCCGUGAGAGCAAUGCAACAUGCUGAAGUCUACUACAAGCUGAUUUCAUCAGUUGACCCACAAUUCCUGAAACUCACCAAAGUGGAUGACCAGAUCUAUUCUGAAUUCCGGAAAAAUUUUGAGAAACUCAGGAUAGAUAUAUUGGACCCAGAAGAACUCAAAUCAGAAUCAGCCAAAGAGAAAUGGAGGCCAUUCUGCUUGAAGUUUGAUGGGAUCGUAGAAGAUUUCAACUAUGGUACUUUGCUGCGACUAGACUGUUCUCAGGGCUACACUGAGGAAAACACCAUCUUUGCCCCCAGGAUACAAUUUUUUGCUAUUGAAAUUGCUCGGAACCGGGAAGGCUAUAACAAAGCAGUUUUUAUCAGUGUUCAGGACAAAGAAGGAGAGAAUGAAGCCAACAAUGGAGGAGAGAAAGGAGCUGACAAUGGAGGAAAAAAGGAAAGAGUCAACAGAGAAGGAGAAAAAGCUGACAAAGACAGCAACAAAACUGGUGAAACAGCUAUGUAAGGUAGAUAGUAAGUAGCACUCUAGAAGCUACGACUCAGCUGAGCCUACGAGUACCAUGGUGCUUUUUGCACAAACUGUUUUGGUUGAAUAUACAAUCGAAGGACCCUCAAAAGGAUGUCUUUCUAGUCUGAUAAUCAGGAGUUGCUUUGGUAAUUUACUUACUGGCUUAAAAACUAUUAUUGGGGUCUUAGUUAAUUAUUUUAUGGUGUGUUCUUUUUUUGGCUGUCACCACUGGUCAAGUCAGAAAGUUUGUAAAUAAAUUCUUUUGGCUCUUA